UCUCGACAUGUUUGAUUUUCUUCACUUCUUGGUGCAGCCGUUUCUUCUUCUUCUUCUCCGGCUCCCUUUCCUCCGCGGUGUGACGCUUGUGCCGCCGUUCGUGACCGCUCACUCGGCUGCCUUCCGCCAUUUCAGUCAGGGGGAUCGCGGACGAACCGCUCAGAGCCGGGGCCUAGCCGCUGCCGCGAAUCCCCCAACCGCCACAGGGGGAACCGCAGAAAGAUCGAGCACCUCCAUCAAACAUGCGCACUUGCACAAGAGGCGCUCGCGGCCAUUGCCCAGCCCCAGCCCCAGCCACCCGGGACCGUGAGUAUAUAAAGAGGGAGCGGCUGGCGCAGAAAUGUUGGUCAUCCUGGUGAAGAGGUUGUUGUUGUUGUGUACAAUCGCCAACACAAAACCCAUCACCGUCAUGACCGUGCCCCUCAACGACACGAAGCAAGUUCAUGCUCCAGCGGGUGAGGGAGAUUCCUUCUGCUAUUUCGGUUAUGGAAGUAACUUGUUGCGGGAGCGGUUGCAGCUUCAGAAUUCUUCGGCCGUGCAGAUCGGUGUGGGCUACCUGAAGGGCUAUAAGCUUGCAUUUGGUUUCCCUGACUUGCUAGACAGCAGAUGGGGAGGUGGUGUUGCGACGAUUAUCCCAAGUCCUGAAGAUGAUGUAUGGGGCGUUAUAUGGCGUUUGGAAGCUGCUGAUCGGCCAUCUUUAGAUGACCAAGAGGGUGUGAAAAUGGGACUAUACAGUCCAAUACAAGUUAAAAUUCAACAAGAAAAUACAGGAGAAGUAUUAUGUCAGACUUACCAAAUGAAUAAUUUUAAUUCUACCCUGCCAUCUCCACUUUACAAAAAGGUAAUUUGUACAGGUGCAAAACAGAAUGGAUUGCCUGCCGAAUAUAUUAAGAAGUUGGAAGCAAUAAAAACAAAUGAUUACAAUGAAACCACCCCAUUUACAAUCCAAAUUAAAAUGAUGUUGCAUCGCCUACAAAAUGAUACAUUGGAAUGAAAGAUGUUUAUUUUUGAAAAGUCAUUGUCUGUGUCUACGAUACAAAUGUUUGAAACAUGCUGAAUCCUUAGGAUUUUAUUGAAUUGAUUUUUGAUCUAAAAUUGUGAAAAGUUUAUGAAUCUGACAAUAAAUGUCAUUCAAGUUAAAAUGCAAACAUUGUUGUGCUGGAUCAAUAGAAUUUAAUUGCCUUUUUCAGCUAUAACGCAUCUGAUGUCCAGUAUUUGAAAUGUGAUAUCUGUUUCUGUUUUAUUUUAAAAUGCUGAUCUUUGACAAAUUCAGUCCUCAAGUUAUAAAUCUUUGUUUCUUACUUAGGCUUUUUCUAAUAAGAUUUAUAGAGCAUUGACAAAAUGACCUGUAUCCUAAUGUUAACUCUA